AUGGCUGACCUCCCACAAGCCCGGCUCGCAGUAUAUUCUCCACCCUUCACACAUACAGGUCUUGACUUCUUUGGCCCAUACGAGGUGGCUGUUGGGAGACGCGUCGAGAAACGAUGGGGAAUGCUAGCUACAUGCCUUACGAUCCGUGCAAUACACAUUGAAGUAGUGCACACGCUUAGCACCGACUCCUGUAUUAUGGCAAUAAGAAACUUCAUUGCCCGUCGUGGAACGCCCCGAAUGAUCUACACUGACAGGGGAACAAAUUUCAUCGGAGCAUCCCGUCAGAUGAAAGAAGCGGCUCAAGCGGUCAAUACGGAUGAGGUAAUGAAGGAGUUUAUCACAUCUGACACUAACUGGUCGUUCAACCCUCCUCUGGCACCUCAUAUGGGAGGAAGCUGGGAACGGCUUAUAGGCAGCGUUAAAAGGAACCUUCAAGCCAUAAAACCACCAAGGAAUCCUAAAGACGAAGUUUUGCGCAAUCUACUGAUUGAAGUAGAAAACAUCAUCAAUUCCAGACCACUAACACACGUCCCAGUUGACGACGAUUGUGCCCCUGCUUUGACGCCCAAUCAUUUCCUCCUCGGAUCAUCAAACGGGAUAAAACCAUUCACGACCGUAGACGACAGCAGUGCCUUUCUUCGGCAAAACAUCCUAGCUUCGCAGGUAUUAGCCAACAGGUUUUGGAGGCGCUGGCUUAGCGAUUACCUGCCCGAAAUCACCAAGCGAUCCAAGUGGUUUGAUAAAACCGAAUCGAUUAAGAUAAGCGAUGUGGUCGUUGUGGUUGAUAAUAAGCUACCACGAAAUUGUUGGCCCAAGGGGAAGGUCAUUGAAGUUCAUCCAAGUAAAGACGGAGAAGUUCGCUCAGCUACUGUAAGAACAAAUUUUGGAAUCUACGUGAGAGCGGCCACCAAACUAGCGGUUUUAGACGUAGGGCGCGACGCAUGUAAGCCAGCCUAA